CUUGCUUAAUGGCUGCCUUCCUGCUUAUCACACCUCAGCCUGAUUAAAUUGUUAUAUAAAGAGAAAUGUUUCUGCAAUAAAUAUCUGUCGGGAAUUUCAAUCGGGUUCCAAGGCCAAACAAACAAACAAACAAAAAAAGAAUCGCCUAUCAAGAAACUUGUAGCCUAGAAGACAGAGAAACAAUCACAAAUUGUUAGCUGGAAUUGAGUCUACAUUGGCAAACUUCAGAUCCAGACACAGGACUCAGCGAUACAUUCCUGGACAGCAAGGUACUAAAAUGGCAACCACAAUCUGUUUCAUCAUCUGGGUGUUAUUCAUAACAGAUACUGUAUGGACUCGAAGUGUGAGACAGGUUUAUGAGGCAAAUGAUCCAGAAGACUGGAUGGUGCAUGACUUCCAUUGUCCCAGGGAAUGUUUCUGUCCCCCCAGUUUCCCUACCGCUUUGUACUGUGAAAACCGGGGUCUCAAAGAAAUCCCUGCUGUACCAUCAAGGAUCUGGUAUCUUUAUCUUGAAAACAACCUGAUAGAAACCAUUCCUGAGAAGCCAUUCGAGAAUGCCACCCAGCUGAGAUGGAUAAAUCUAAACAAGAACAAAAUAACCAACUAUGGAAUUGAAAAAGGAGCCCUGAGCCAACUGAAGAAGCUGCUUUUCUUAUUUCUGGAAGAUAAUGAGCUAGAGGAGGUACCUUCUCCAUUGCCAAGAAGUUUAGAACAAUUACAAUUAGCUAGAAACAAGGUGUCCAGAAUUCCUCAAGGGACCUUUAGCAAUCUGGAGAACCUGACCCUUCUUGACCUGCAGCACAAUAAACUAUUAGACAAUGCCUUUCAAAGAGACACCUUUAAAGGACUCAAGAACCUCAUGCAGCUAAAUAUGGCUAAGAACUCCCUGAGGAAUAUGCCACCAAGAUUACCAGCCAAUACUAUGCAGCUGUUUUUAGACAACAAUUCCAUUGAAGGAAUACCAGAAAAUUAUUUUAAUGUGAUUCCUAAAGUGGCCUUCCUGAGACUCAACCACAACAAAUUAUCAGAUGCUGGCCUCCCUUCUAGUGGUUUUAAUGUAUCAUCAAUUCUAGAUCUUCAACUGUCUCACAAUCAACUCACAAAGGUCCCCAAAAUCAGUGCUCAUCUGCAGCACCUUCACCUCGAUCAUAACAAAAUUAAAAAUGUGAAUGUCUCUGUAAUAUGUCCUACCACUCCUAUCACAUUGCCUGCGGAACAUGAUUCCUUCAGUUAUGGACCUCAUCUUCGCUACCUCCGUCUGGAUGGAAAUGAAAUCAAACCACCAGUCCCAAUGGAUUUAAUGAUCUGCUUCAGGCUCCUUCAGGCUGUCAUUAUUUAAACAUGUCUUCAACAAUCUAAAAUUGAUUUAAUGAGUUCAUAUUUCUGACCCGAAAUUUGGUUACCAUUCAUAGGUUUAAGAUAAAAAUCACUUGUCUAAUGGCUUAUGGCCACCAUUUUUAUUUGUAUGGCUUACGUUUUUUCUAUUCAAAGUUGCUUUUCUCCAUGAUACGUAGCACAGCCUGCUUUUCUUUGAUUAAUAAAACAGACACAGAGUUAAGAUAGUUUAUCAACUCAAAGAUAGUUCCUUUUCGUCUCUCUCACAGCUUAUUAAUACCAAAUAAUACAAAUACAUUGUGAUUCAAUAGGAAGGAUAUAUUUGCUUGCAAAUGUUCAAAAUUGCUUAUGCAGAUAUUAUAUUCACAGUAUAAACACAACAUCUAGCAAGAGGUAGGAAUUUCUAGAGAAAAUGAAAAAAUGAGAUAUUUCUUUAUCAUAAUUAUAAAGAAAUAAUUAAAUUCAGAUUGUUAAGUAACAUUGUAAGUAUAAGUUUGGUAUUUAGCUCAAGAAUGGGUAUGAAAUGCAU